GGAGAGCGAGACGCUCCUUGUGAGAGAGACAGGUGUCCCGGCUAGGAGGGGGGCCACUGGCCAGGGCGCAGGUGGGAGAGAGCCCCCAGGGAGGAACAUGGCCUCGCUCGGCCUGCAGCUCGUCGGCUACCUGCUGGGCUUGCUGGGCUUGCUGGGGACGCUGGUGGCUACGCUGCUGCCCAGGUGGAGGACCAGCUCCUACGUCGGCUCCAGCAUCAUCACGGCAGUCGGCUUCUCCAAGGGCCUCUGGAUGGAGUGUGCCUCCUACAGCACCGGCAUCACCCAGUGCGACAUUUACAGCUCCCUGCUCAACCUGCCAGCUGACCUGCAAGCCGCCCAAGGGCUGAUGUCCGCCUCUGUCGCCGUCUCCCUGCUGGCCGCCGCCGUCUCCGUGGUGGGUAUGCGGUGCACCGUCUUCUCGCAGGGCUCCGCCGCCAAGGACAGGCUGGCCGUGCUGGGAGGGGCGGCCUUUGUCCUGGGCGGGCUGCUGUGCUUUGUCCCCGUGGCCUGGAACAUCCACGUGGUGCUCCGGGACUUCUACAACCCCGUUGUCCUGGACAGCAUGAAGUUUGAACUUGGGGAGGCCUUGUACCUGGGCCUUCUCUCCGCCCUGCUCUCCCUCACCGGGGGCUGCAUCCUCUGCACCUCCUGCCCACCCCGGGACCCCCAGGCGGCCUACUACAGCCCUUAUCAGGCCCGAGCUGUGGGGAGAAAGGGGGCCCCAUCAGCAGCGGCGGCACCUGCCGCCUCUCUGAAGGCCAAGAGUGAGUUCAGCGCCUACAACCUGACCGGCUACGUGUGAGCCCUGCUGGGC